CUGAUCCUCUAUAAAUUAAGAACAGCCCAAUACCCUAAUCAAAGACAUAACCUCUUUGGAGUAAUCUCAAUCUCUGGCAACCGGACCAAAUGGGUUAUAACUUAUAAAUCCGAUGUUAGUUCAUCCAAAAAUGAUAUUAUCGGAUGCUGGUAUAAAUGUUUUGAUGAUCUGUUAUGGGGUGUAAACAAGGACCGAGGUGAAGUAUUUUUGGCCAGAGAUGAAAGUGGGGGCGCCUCAUGGUGGCUUUGCAUUGGGAAAUAA